ACCAAACGUCACAUUCGUCGACCGCCCAGUCACUAAGUUACAUCCUCAUAGACAGGCACUCCUGCAACAAGACAAACACGCGCAGACCGCCUGGAGAGUCACGUUGCGGCGCUGCUAAGCUUACUACUGGACCACAAAGGGCAAUGCAGGCGGUCACCUGAAGCAGGCCUAUAAGCACAAUUGGUUCGGCACUCGUGCCCUACCCAGGUACCUACUAAAAGUACGAUUCAUCAGGUAGGUACUACGUGCCCCCAAGAUUGGCGCUCGGCCCCGCAAGCUGGUGCGUCCCUCAGCAACCUAACCCGACCACAUCGGCGCCCGUAACAAGACAUCGCGUGUCGCGUAACGCCCUCUUUGUUUGCAUCACGGACAUCUCCGCAUCUGGCCGCGCUUGCGUCGACCAUGAAGUUACUGUAGACGUGGGAGAGGAGAGCCUGUUUUCGACAAGCCGGCCGGGGAUGGCCGCGACGAUCAAGCCCAUCGAUGGCCGGAGUAUCCAUCAAAUUCAGUCCGGCCAAGUCAUCGUUGACCUCUGCUCCGUAGUCAAGGAGCUCGUCGAGAACAGCAUCGAUUCGGGCGCCAGCAUCAUAGAUGUGCGCUUUAAAAAUCAGGGCCUCGACUUGGUCGAGGUCCAAGACAACGGUUCAGGCAUCGCCCCCGCAAACUAUGCUUCAAUUGCGCUUAAGCACCAUACGUCCAAGCUGUCGUCCUAUUCCGACAUCGCCUCGCUCGAGACUUUUGGCUUUCGCGGCGAGGCUCUGGCUUCUCUCUGCGCCCUUUCGAACCUCACCAUCACCACCUGCCUCCAGGCAGAUGUGCCCAAGGGCUCGCGACUCACUUUCGAGCCCACCGGCCAGCUCCGGGACACCGCUGUAGUAGCCGCCCAGCGAGGCACAGCCGUGGCCGUGGAUCGUCUUUUCCACAAUCUCCCUGUCCGCCGACGCGAGCUAGAGCGUAACGUCAAAAGAGAAUGGCACAAGGUUAUCGCGCUGCUCAACCAGUACGCCUGCAUUCAGACGGGCAUCAAGAUCUCCGUCUCGCAGCAGCCCACCAAAGGCAAGCGCCUUGUUCUCUUCUCGACCAAGGGAAACCCCACCACUCGUGAUAACAUCAUCAACAUCUUUGGCGCCAAAACAUUGUCCGCACUCGUACCCCUCGAUAUGGACCUGGAACUGGAGCCAUCAACCGUGAGUGCCGGAGAGCACCCGAUUUCUGCCUCUAACAAGGUGCGCAUCGUUGGCCACGUGUCGCGACCAUCGCCCGGCGAAGGCCGCCAAACUCCAGAUCGGCAGAUGUUCUUUGUUAAUGGCAGGCCAUGCAGCCUUCCCCAGCUUGCCAGGGCAUUCAACGAGGUGUACAGGUCCUACAACUACUCCCAGUCGCCUUUCAUCCUUGCCGAUAUCCAGCUCGACACCCACAUGUACGACGUCAAUGUCAGCCCAGACAAGCGCACCAUCCUUCUACACGAUCAGGGCAGACUCUUAGACCGCGUUCGCUCUUCGCUCACGGCGUUGUUUGAUGCGAAUGAUCACGUCGUUCCUAUAUCACAAGUGGCCGAUCAGCGACGGCGUACCUCUGUCGAGGCCAGUGCCAAAAGGCCUCAAUCAUCACCCCUCGUGGGGCCUGACACGGUGAUUGGAGAUACGAAUGUCAGCGAUGCGUCGUCGUCGUCAGGUGACGAAUCCGACCACAGUUGCAACGCUAGUCAAGAAUCCUUUGGCAGCCAAGUCAGGACCCCUGCGAGUGUGAACGUUGCCAGGGACAAGCCCAGAAAGCGGCGCAGAACCGUCCAUGAUCAGGGUCUGAUGAGCCAGUGGCUCAGCCAAGACAGCGGAAAGCCGAGUUCUGGAUCUUCGAUUGUUCCACCUGGUAGAUCGGCUACGGUAGUCGAUGCCGUUGGACCGUCAUACAGGGGUAGGUCAUUGUAUCCUCAGUUGGCAGCAUCUGCUGCGAAGCAACAUCUUCAGUUUUCUCCGGAAAUGUCCCCCAGUCUGCCAGCAUCCCCUCAAGUCUCCGACGACGGCACUCCUGAGAUAACCACGGUUCCCAGCCAAGGUCUUCACCAGCGACCAAGUCCACAUUGUGACCGGAAUGCCACCUCCCCCGACGGUGUUGUCAACGAGCAGAACGCGGUACUUCAGAAGCGCCAAUGCCUGGACACCGAAGAAGAUGAGGGUAAACGGCCGCUCUCACCACUCUUCAUGGCAAGGAAUAGGCCUCAUCUGCCUUCCGACGGCGAUAGAUGUGCAAGUGAGGCACCUCACUACCAGUCGGGGAACGGCGAAACUGCUGCGAGUGACACACAUAAUGGCUAUGCUGGUCUAUCCCCUGCAUCGGACUCGGAGUCACCCGAGGACUGCCUGGAUUCCGGCUUCACUGGGGUCAACCCCAGACACGCAGCAAGACUGGUUCCGACAGAGACCCUCUCAUCCUCCACAUCGGCUCUCCUUGGCAGCCACCCACGCACCCGGGAAGCAAUACCAUCUGCCGCAUCACCGAGUGUCAAGGCUGACCUAGAUCCGGUUCUGUCAAGCGAGGGCGGUGCUUCUACUCGUUGCGAAUCAUCAAGGGACUUGCAGGCUACCACGGCAGAUGAGAGUCCGCUCAUGCCGGUGCGGUCGUCGGCUUUUAGCAUAAAACGUACCGAACCAACUGUAUCAACUUCACGAUGGUACCGGACCAACGAGGAGGAGAUAUGGCACGGCCUGAGCCGUCUGACGUCCGGUAUCGCCGCCGGGGGGGCUGUACUACCAGGAGAACGAGAUGUCGAGGACAUUGCCUCGUCAGACGCAGAAGCCAAGUUAUCAUUGAUCAUUUCGAGAGGAGAUUUCCCACGGAUGCGGGUCGUGGGGCAGUUCAAUCUGGGCUUCAUCAUUGCAGUUCGCCCAGCUCACGGUAGAGAAUCGGUCGAGGAGCGGGAUGAGCUCUUCAUCAUCGACCAGCAUGCCUCGGACGAAAAGUACAACUUUGAACGGCUCCAAGCCAACACGACGGUGCAGUCGCAGCGGUUGGUGCACGCCAAGGCACUACAGUUGACAGCUCUGGAAGAAGAAAUUGUGAUGGAGAACAUGUCCGCUCUCGAAUCCAAUGGCUUCAAGAUUGAAGUAGAUGCCAGCGGAGACUCGCCCGUGGGUUCCCGAUGUCAACUGGUUGCCCUGCCGCUGAGUCGGGAAACGACAUUUACCAUGGAUGACUUGCAGGAGUUGAUCGCGCUCCUUGGGGAGGAGUCGGCGGAGUCGGGCCACGUUCCACGCCCGUCUAGAGUGAGGAAGAUGUUUGCCAUGCGGGCAUGUCGCAGCAGUAUCAUGAUUGGCAAGGCUCUGACGCAACACCAGAUGAGCAACGUGCUCCAGCACAUGGGGGAAUUAGAUAAGCCCUGGAACUGCCCUCAUGGACGCCCUACCAUGAGACACCUCUGCCACCUCGAUGCGUGGGACAAAGGGCGCUGGAAAGGCGAUGUGGCGGCGGUGUCUGCGUCUGUGUGGCGCUCAUAUGGACGGGGUCAGGAGGUUUGAGGGGUAAAACACCUCGGCCCUCCACCCAAUGUGUAUCCAGGUAGUCGGCCACUCAGUGUCUUAUCAUUCUCAUCAUUGUAUAUUCA